AUGCUACCAGAUUGCGUGUGCUGCGCGGAGAGACCAGAGCACGCCGGUAAUGAGCACAAUAACGGCGCCAGUAGAUUUUCGGGAGGGCAUCGAAGAACGUGUCUGAUUCCGGAGAAGAUAUCGAGUAUCGGAGGAGGCGUAUACGAGGUGCGGAGUGAGGUUUGCGGCAGACAGCGAGCCUGCUGCGGUGUGCGUCGACGGUAUUAUCUGUCAAGCAUCACUCAUGUCAGUCGGGCGGCAGAGCGAGAAUUAUUGGGGCUGCACCAAAGCUCGCAGAGCGUGAGGCACAGUAUGAAACGACUGCUUCCGACCAAGAAUGAACGACGGCAGCAACAAGCAGUAAGGAACGGACGGCAGCAAUUGCGCGAGCAGCACACAGUCACGCGCGGCGAAGUGUGCUGGCCUGGCAAAAUACGUGCCCAAGGCGCAAUGGUAGUUAUUGGGAUAGCGAGAGCGCUGCUGAAGGAGGUUUGUGAGGGCUGGCGUCCGAGCCAGGCAAGUGCCAGGGACCAUGCUUUCUUUGGUCGCUUCUUGCGCCGCGGCGUCCGCUCUGCGCAGCGGACUGCGUUUGCGCUACACGUCCUCGUACCAUAUGGCGCGGAGCGGCGUCUUGCUGCCUCAGGUACGGUAUGUGUAGUGUGUGUAUCUACCUAUACCGACGGUGCGUGCCCGCCGCCGCCGCCGCCGCCGCUGCACCGCGUGUCUGCAGGCAAGUACCCGUCGUGCCUCGAGACCAAAAGGUACGUACCUGAGGUACUCUCUGGGCGGCGUUUCCAGCAUAUGAUCGACAUCGACGAUGGCCACAGAAUAAGACCAGCAUCAGUCCGUGGCUAUACACUCUAUCUGCGCCUCUGCCAGCUCUGUGUCGCGCGCGCAUCGAGCCCUGGCCAGCCUGUUGCCCCGAGAACAGGAACUGGAACUCUCAGCGCGCGAGAGUUUCUCAGCACGGUGCAUUGGUUGCCUCUCGAGCCUCUGCAGCCACAUGGGUCCGGUCUUCGCUUCGCAGCAUCCGGCUUGCGUAUGCUCGUUGCUCAUGCUCACGCUCACGCUCAUGCCCAUCCCCUUAUCCGGGGUUGCCUCGGGGAUUUAAGCCAUACGUAA